AUGGAAACCUCUACCAAGGACAGUUCCAAAACCCUCUUCCGGCCUUGGGACGGCUCCGAUCUCGUGCGUCCGAAACCCGUCGUGUCCACAGGAAUCGUCCCACCCAUCUUGCCGGCAAUGACAGGAUAUCAGUCGGAGCUGCUACUGUCGGAGCUCUGGCUCGCCGAACUCGAUCGCUCUGUGAUGCUAGCCGCCGGAGUCGAGGCCGCGUCAAAAUUGAAGAAACCCGCGGUGCAAAGACCGAAGAAAUUCCAGUGCCCACAUUGCGAUGUUUGUUUCUCGAACAACGGUCAGCUCAAAAGCCACAUCCGUAUCCACACCGGAGAACGACCCUUCGCUUGCGAACACGACGGAUGUGGGAAAACUUUCACAAGGAAUGAAGAACUCACCCGACAUCGUCGCAUCCACACCGGACUUCGUCCUUUCCCCUGUCCAGUUUGCCAGAAACCCUUCGGACGCAAGGACCACCUCAAGAAACACGUCAAAACCCACCAGAGGAUGGUACCGCCAGGUCUGCCCUUCUACUCAAAUCCAUUCUGGUAG